GUACAAGAUGAUACUGAAUUCUUAAAUGUACUUCAAGAAAUAAGAGCUGGCAAUCUUAGUCAAUCAUUAAUUAAUCUAAUUAACUCAAAAAUAUCUGUAUCUCAAAAUAAUCCAUUAAUGACAACACAUAUUGUGAGACAUUGUAAAACUGCAGAUACCAUAAAUAAUUAUAUUAGUUAUGUUUUACAUAAUCAUUUAUUUUCUAAUGGUUUAUGUAAUGAAUCAAUUGGAGUUGUACUGGAAAUUCUUGAUGAAGAAAAUAUAAUAGUUGCAUUUCCAUUAACACAAGGAAUUUCUUGUGUAAAAGUCAUUAAAGAAACAGUUUAUUUUUAA